UUGAACGUCCUCAGAGUCAAUGCUUACACCGUCCCACCAGAUGGCAGUAGUAAGCACUGAGCACAUUCUGAGCCGACUGAAAAAAAAGACAAACAACCACAAGAAAACCACAAAACCAAGAUGGCGGUGCAGGAGACAGCAUCUCAACUGUCCAUGGCUCUCAAAGUCCAAGAAUAUCCCACCCUGAAGGUGCCAUAUGAGACUCUGAACAAACGCUUCAGAGCGGCUCAGAAGAACAUCGACCGAGAGACGAGUCACGUCACAAUGGUGGUUGCAGAGCUGGAGAAGACACUGAGCAGCUUCCCUGUGGUCGACUCUGUGGUGUCCCUGCUGGAUGGAGUGGUAGAGAAACUCAGUGCCCUGAAGAGGAAGGCUGCAGAGUCCAUUCAAGCAGAAGACGAGAGUGCCAAGCUAUGUAAGCGUCGCAUCGAGCACUUGAAGGAACACAGCAGCGACCAGCCUGCUUCAGUUAACCUAUGGAAGAAGAAACGCAUGGACCGCAUGAUGGUGGAGCAUCUUCUGCGCUGUGGCUACUACAACACGGCUGUAAAACUGGCCAGACAGAGCGGCAUAGAGGAUCUGGUGAACAUUGAGAUGUUCCUCACAGCCAAGGAGGUGGAGGAGUCUCUGGAGAGGCAGGAGACGGCCACUUGCCUGGCCUGGUGCCAUGACAACAAGUCCCGCCUCCGCAAGAUGAAGAGUUGUCUUGAGUUCAGUCUGAGAAUCCAGGAGUUCAUUGAGCUCAUCAGGCAAAACAAACGCAUGGAUGCAGUGCGACAUGCUAGAAAGCACUUCAGCCAAGCAGAAGGAGGACAGUUGGAUGAGGUUCGGCAGGUGAUGGGCAUGCUGGCCUUUCCAUCAGAUACACACAUCUCCCCAUACAAGGACCUUUUGGAUCCAGCCCGCUGGAAGAUGCUGAUCCAGCAGUUCCGAUAUGACAACUACAGACUGCACCAGCUGGGAAACAACUCUGUCUUCACUAUCACCCUGCAGGCUGGUCUGUCUGCCAUCAAGACACCUCAGUGCUACAAGGAGGAUGGCACCUCUAAAAACCCAGACUGCCCAGUGUGCAGUAAAUCUCUUAACAAGUUGGCCCAGCCUCUACCCAUGGCCCACUGCGCCAAUUCCAGACUAGUCUGUAAAAUCUCCGGAGAGGUCAUGAAUGAAAACAACCCUCCCAUGAUGCUGCCUAAUGGAUAUGUUUACGGCUACAAUUCACUUCUGUCCAUCCGCCAAGAUGACAAAGUGGUGUGUCCCAGAACCAAAGAAGUCUUCAACUUCUCUCAGGCGGAGAAGGUCUACAUCAUGUGAUUGCUCAGAUGACGCUUCUGAGUAUCAACCACAUCAGAUUCGGCCCGUCACCCAUCACCUGUGACCUGGCCUGCUCAGAGCCACCUGUGGAGCUGUGAUCCAGUGCCCUUCUUCCUCCCACAGAUGCAACCCACGACGGGUGUGUCCGUGGAACCUCCUGCUCCCCCUUCACUUUACAUGAUCAGCUCAAGUUAGCCCAUCCAGUCCCCCAUGGCCCCCUUCCCCCACUUCCAUUUUAUCUGAAAAACUGGGCUCUUCUCCUUUCAGACUCUGUUUUAGAUGUGGCUAGAAGUUGUUUAAUCUGAUCCAUUCAAGCACAUGGACUGUCAGCAUUGUCAUUAUCUUACAGGCCUUCACACUGAAGAUUAGAGAGUAGAGAAAAGGACUGACGAGUGAAAAACUGCUAGGUAGAUGUUUGAUUUUACUACAACAAAUAAAAUCCUGUUGAGGUUA